AAGCCAUCACGGAGCUGCUGGAGGAGAUGCAUUCUUUAUUCUGAGGAGGGGAGGAGGGACAGAGGGGAGAGAGAGAGAGAGAGGGAGAGAGAGAGGUGAGCAGAGCACACACGUCGCACUAUCAACUGAAUCCAUCUAAGAAAACAACUCGCAGGGAGUCCGGGUCUGAGCUGCGUACACACUGAAGGCAAGUUUGCGCUCCUCCACUGAAACAGCGCACCGGACGGACGCAGCUGGCCGUCAUGGCCCGUGGCGGAUCAGGCGGCGGACACUUCGGCGAGUGCGUCCUCGUUCGGGCAGAGUGUGGAAGGGGAGAAGUGGGCUCUGCGAUCACCCUGCCGCCGCUUUCUUCGGUCCUCAUGCGCUGCACACGGUGUUGAGUUGAAGCGGAGGAGCUCCGUUGUGAAGCGCCCGGGAGCUGGGAAAACUAAGAAAAAAAGAAAAAAGUGCUGCUGGUGGUGUUGGUGGUGGACAGCGGUGCGGACAGGACGCGCAGCCACAACCGAGGGGGACCCUUGCAGGGAAAUAUGCUGUUCCGUAGACUCACCGGGCUCACGCUGCUGAUCGGAACCGGCUCGCACCAGCUUUACCGAACGGACCUUUACGCGCGGGCGUACGGUAGGACCGCAUGAAGGACGGAGGCUCAGAGAAAGGGGAAAAGUUGAACGCGGUAGCGUAAUGGAUAAAGGCUCGCCAAAGGUCUCUGGAUCCAAAUGUCACCCCCCUUGGACUCUGCCCUGGUCGGGGACCAGCAGUGUGUGACGGACAGGCGAGUGGAGCCUGUGGCGGCUCUCUACUCCGUGGCUUCAAAUUGCCCCUGGCUGAGCUCUGCAUGGAGCAACGAGUGAAGAGUCCUGCUAUGGUCUGAUGUCUCAGCAUGGAUGGAGUCAGUCAGAGGACCGGCCACCACUAAUGAGACCAUCGCUCUUCAGCUGAGGACUAGCAUUUACAGGAUUACUCCCACGGUUUCCUGCUCUUUUGCCAGCUAACUGCAUCAUUACCAAACUCUCCUAGGUGGACCUUUGGUGGGUCUGUUUUUUUGGUGGAUAUAUACGUCAUUGCCUUUCUGAUUUUCAUAUAUAGUUUUAUUCCCUCCCACUUCUUUUUUAUUGUUGGUUUCCCUUUUCCUGUUUUGUUUUUCCACUAUGGAGUUUCUUGCUGGACCCUGGAAUAAAGAUUGGGCUUCAUUCUUGCAAUUUUGGUUGACUGUCAUCCUAAGCCUCCAAAUGCAAUUCAGCCCGGGUGCCUCUUGCCCGGAGGAGUGUCGUUGUGACAACCAGUUUGUGUACUGCAAUGAACGCAGCCUGACAUCAGUGCCUCUGGGGAUGAAGGAGGGCUACAAGGUCCUCUACCUACAUAACAACCAGAUAAACAAUGCUGGCUUCCCUAUGGAACUUCACAAUCUGGCUUCCGUGGAGACUGUGUAUCUCUACGGCAACCAGCUGGACGAGUUCCCCAUCAAUCUGCCCAAAAACACCAGAGUCCUGCAUCUCCAGGAGAACAAUAUCCAAACCAUCUCCAAGGCAGCCCUGGCCCAGCUGACUCGACUAGAAGAGCUGCACCUUGAUGAUAACUCCAUCUCCACAGUGGGGGUGGAAGAAGGGGCCUUUAGGGAGGCAGUAAGCCUCAAACUCCUCUUCCUCACCAAGAACCACUUAAGCAGCGUUCCCAUUGGCCUUCCUGAGGACCUUAAAGAGCUGCGGUUGGACGAAAACCGCAUUGCCGUCAUUGCAGAGGAGGCCUUUCAGAAUGUGACACGCCUGCAGCGCCUCCUGCUGGACGGGAAUCUGCUAACGGAUGAGGGCAUUGCACCAGGGACCUUCCAGGACCUUGUCAACCUCCGUGAGCUGGCUCUGGCCCGCAAUUCACUCACCUUCCCCCCUCCCCUUCUACCCAGCCAGUCACUGGUCAAACUCAGCCUGCAGGAGAACCAGAUUAACCAGAUCCCUGUGGCAGCCUUCGCUGCCUUAAAUAGGCUGGAAAAACUGGAUAUCUCCAGUAACCAGCUUCAGACUCUUACACAGGGUGUGUUCGAUGGCCUGUCAAGCCUAAGGCAUCUCAUGGUGCGAAAUAACCCCUGGCGUUGUGACUGUGCUGUGAAGUGGGUGGUGGUGUGGCUCAAGUCUUUGCCUUCCACCAUCAACGCCCGAGGGUUCGUGUGCCUGAGUCCAGAAAAGGUGCGUGGCAUGGCAAUCAGAGAACUCACGCUGGAUAUUAUAGAGUGCCCGGUUGAUGGUGACCUGCCGCCCUGGCCCACCCUCCGCUCCACACCCCCUCCCCCACCCACAACCACCCCUGUCACCACCAUGAUCUCCACCCUCAUCACCACAUCCAUCCCUUACUACUUUGACUCACCCUCCCCUCCCUUACCCCCGAUCCAUAACAACCCUCCUGGGCCCCUGCCUCCUUACGAGGACCCCCUUCAGAUCUCCUUCCACGUGGUCAACUCCACCAAUAUCGAGGUGAGCUGGGCGUCCUAUUUCACCGUCACAGCCUACAAGGUCACGUGGGUCAAAAGGGGCCAAAGCCAAAUAAACGAAGGAAUGCGGGAGAGGACUGUGAGCGGGGACCGGCGGCAUAUUAGCCUGACAAACCUGGAGCCCCGGUCUGUGUAUCGGAUCUGCGUGCACGUGCUGGACACCCUUAACUCCUACAGACCCGGAGAGGAUACUAUAUGCUCUGAGGCCAGGACCAAGGCUGCCGUGUCCACUAAGCCUCCUGGUAGAGAGCAAGCUCCUGAGGAGAGCAUCAACUCCACGCUGCUAAUGGCUGGGAUCAUAGGUGGGGCGGUGCUUAUCAUCCUGGUAACGCUGCUCAGCCUGUUCUGCUGGCACAUGCACAGGAAGAGCCGGUCAUCUUCGACCAAGUGGAAAUACAACCGGGGCAGGAGAAAAGACGACUACUGUGAGGCUGGAACCAAGAAGGAUAACUCCAUUCUGGAGAUGACUGAGACCAGUUUCCAGAUAGUGGCGCUGAACAAUGAGCAGCUGCUCAAGGGAGAUUUCCGUAUUCAGCCCAUCUACACGCCCAACGGGGGCAUUGGAUUUAGAGACUGUCACCUCAGUAACAACAGCAUAGCCUACUGCAAGAGCAGUAACGUGCCCAGUACAGAGUUCUGCCACACGUGAUGCAGCAGCGAAUAGUACAGAGGCAUUCACACACAUACAUACACACACACACACACACACACACACACACCAAAAAAACUAACAAUACAUGCAUACACACACACACACACACAUCAUUUGUGUAGACAACAAAAAACAUAAAAAUUCUAGUCAAAUAUAACUGUACUAUAUAUAUUUCCAAGUUCUGUCUACGAUGUAAUUUAUACUGUGGAUAAUAAUGUGGGAUUCUCUGCUAUCUUUUUUAUUCUUAGAAAAAGAGAUACAAGUGUUUCUUUUUUUAUAACCAGCAGGGUUUUGAAAGUUGUUUUAAUGGUCAGUACUGUACAUGAACAUGGAUUUGUACAAUCACGGCACCCUGGGUGUAGCUUCUGACGAACGCUGUCAGCCUUGGAAAUGUAAGGGCGCUUAGAGGGCUGGGAUCCUUUGCUAACCACAGAAGCAAAAUAUGGCCUUUUUUGCGUUUUGAAACACUGCAAACGCUCCCCAGUACAGCAGAACAGUAGUAAAGACAACACAGCACAGGGGAAAUCCAAACACUGCUGAUUAGAGCGCGGUGGAAAUAUAGCACUGGUUCACUGGUGGCAUGUUGUAAAAAGGAACUGAAGUGCACUUUCUUAUUAAUGGAAGCAAGGCAGGAAAUGAGAAGAGGUGGUGAUCGCGUGUAAGGGAUGGUGGAUGGUUGUUUAAGGAGAAUGUCAUCGGGCCUGUGGAAAAAGCCUGGACUGAGAUUUCCCAAAAGUGCCUGAACACUAAAAGCAUCUUUGUUCUAUUGGUUUAUAGUGGAACACAGGUGGGCUUAGACACUUUUUGGAAAACUCAAAAAAAAAAAGAAAGGAUGUGUCAUUUUUAGCACCCUGAAAUUUGUUUAUUUUUAGGGAGGAGGUGCAAUUAUUAACAUGAGUUCUAAAAAGCAACAAAGCAUUAUUGCCCCUAAUGAGGUGCAUGGAUGUGCUGAGACUCGCAGAUCCUUUUGAAGAAAUUCACUAAUUUGUUCUGCUUCGUUUUUUCCCCGCAUGUUUUGGCAAGUGAGGCCACAAGGGGGCAGUUUCCCUCAGCGUCGUGUGUGGGACGGAGGAACAGAGGGGAAGACAGACAGACAGGGAGAAAGAAAGAAAGAAAGAAAAAAAAAAAGCUGAAUAGAUCACUUUACCUCCACCAUUCCCCUGGAGUCCAUUACCCAGACGACAUUACUCAUGCUCAAACAGCAUUGUUUAGAGUAUUAUUGCUCAUCGAGCUACUUAAUGAUGUGGAAUCAUUUAAAACUAACAGUGUUUUCUGUGUUUCAUGGCUAAAUGAUAUGGAUUUUCACCACUGUGGACUAUCAUGAGGGAGAAGGCCUCUGUUCCUUCCUCUGUGUGUGUGUGUGUGUGUGUGUGUGUGUGGAGAGCGUGAUGAAUUUUCAGAAAGCACACACAUAACGCUAAUUAUACAUCCACUUAUUUCAACCUCGUCCCAGCGUUCAUUAGGCUUUUUGAUAAAUUAGGAAAUUACAACAAUAAGAUCGCGCUCCGCCCAUGAUCCUCACAAUGAACGGUUGUGACUGAGCAGCUCAUCGGGCGUCUCAUCAUUUAUCCCUUUGUGUACAUUUACGAGACUGUCUCCUUCAUUUAUGGGUCGCUCACCUGAACAAUGCACCUGCUCACUCCACAACAUUAGUUUCGGCAGUGAUGAUCCUCACCCCAUCUACCCUCAUUUUCUGUCUCACUGUCCCCCUGGAUGUCUGUCUCAGAUCCCUGCAUGGGCUCAAUUAAAACGGUUUUCCUUCCCUUCAGCUCCCGGGCGGUGGUGGCAACUCUUUGCAUGUGAGGUGCCAGUGAGAGGUCUUCAUUAUGCACUCCUUAAGAAGACUUGAUUUGAUUUGACAAGAUUUUAUUUUGAGGGGCCAAGCUUAAAGAAAUUCCCACAGCCGACCCCUCUGCCGCCCUCACCCCCUUCUCCCACCCCUCUCCUCAUAAUCCUCGACCAAAAAAGGGAGAAAAGUAUGUAGACCUUAUUUUCACUUGGCUGCGUGGAGCUCACGCUGGGAGAAAGUGUGUUAACUCUUUGUUAGGCGCGCAGAUAGAGCUGCUCCAACGCACACGGCAGAGAAUCGACAGCUAAAAUGAUUUUUAAGGGCUUGCGCUCAAGUUACACCAGAGGUCCGAGAUUAUCUCCGAUAGGAUUCACCUCUGCAGUUGGGAUAUCUCGAAGUAGCUGCACUUACUUAAAUUCCAGCAAUAGCUCAGAUCACAAUCACAUGUGUGAGUACUUCAGUUUAAGGUGAUGCACAGAUUUCCACCACCAAACCGAGACAAUGCUGUGAGAACUGACAAACACAAUGACUGAACGAAAUCUGUCCCAACAUGUCAUUGAGUGCCAUAUUAUGUCUUCAAAUCAUAUUUUUGAAAAGACAGCUGACAUGUUUCUUACAGUAUAAGAUGUUUUGUUGGAGUUUCAUUUGACAGUGUUUAAGUUUAUCUUGAAAAGACAAAAUCUCUAUUAUUAACAUUUAAAGCAAUAAUUGGACAUUAUUUGGAGAUACUUAAACAAGAUGGUAAUUUGCGAGCUUUAGAGUAGGCAGUUAACCUUAGACAGAGCCGGGCUCGCUGUUUUCCCCUGCCUUCUGCCAUCUUUAUGCUAAGCUAAGCUAACUGGCCACUGGCUGUAGCUUUUUAUUUACCACACAGACACUAGAGGGGUCUCAUUCUUCUCAUCUUGGCAAAAAAAAGUGAAUCAGCGCCAAAUGUUGAACUAUUCCUUUAAGCGAAACGUUUUGUGAAAUAAGUUUUGCAUUACAACAAAAUUGAUGAUUGUAGUGAUCUCAUUCCCCUGGCAGAUGAACUGCAUUUAUUUUAGCAAAAUUUUAAGACUCAGAUCUUUUUUUCAUCUUGGGUUUAGUAACACGAAGAUCUUCUGUGGUUAUCAAAGCAUCUCCACUUUUUAUUUGAACCUUUUUCUACUAAUAUCCACAGCGGACCAUAAACACUUGAACAUUUACAUCAGAUAUCGUUUAUUCUUUGAUAUAGAUGAAAGCCCUACUUUAAGUCACGUGCUGAUCAAGCGAGGGGCGGGGUCGGGGUCAAACUGUUGCAACAUAUAGUAUCUCCUCUGUCUGUGAAUGUGUAACGGAGACAGAUAUUUGCCUUACCUUUUAUGCAGGACUGAAUGAUUAGUUAGAGCGAGAGAGAGUUAAGUGGGAGGAAGAAAAGGAGAGAACACGAGACAUAAAAAGACGGCAAUGAGAAUGCUGAACAGAAAGCACAUUUCUCCCAACAGAUCGAAGCCACGGCGGCAACAAUAACAGUAUUAAGGGGAAGAGCAGCACUAAGCGUGACACACAGUAGCUAACAAGAGACUGUUCAUCCAUAGUACCAGACCUUAAGCGGUGCAUGGCUAAUGAUUCAACCAGACGGGGGAAGGGGCUUUGGUGGUUGUUUUGCAGCAUACAUUACUCUUAAUUUUCUACUUGCUUGAUAAAAGAACGCGGCUGCAGUGCUGUGACCAAUGGAAUUACAUAAAACGUAUUACAGACCGCUUGCGUCGGAUUAUUACUGUUUCAGGGUGCAGAGAAGUAAUUUCCCUUAGAGCCCAUUGAAUCACGUCCAAAUAAUUAUGUUUAAUCUCUUGAGAGGUUAAUUCAGACAAAACAUGAGUGUUUGAAACAUGUUUAAAGUCAUCUUUUCUUCCUGUAGGCAAAACCUUCACUGCAAAUAUCUAUUAGCCAGUAACAUUCAUUCAAGGAUUUUUGCAUGUACUGUAUUUAGCUUCAUAGCCUUUCAUUUGUGUCAUACCGGGUCUUGGACUUUCUAGUAUUUUUUAAAGCAAUCACCCAGUGGUGGUUGAGGUACAGUGUGAGCAGGCAUACAGAAAGGUUUCGCAUACGGUUUAGUGAAAGAAGGCUGGAAAUUUACAGUGCAUGUAAAACGGCUAUGUUGGGAUAUCGCCAUCCUGGCUUCUCAUCGAGACGCUGCAGUGUUACGUUAGCCACCCACACCAAGUUUUCUUAGGAACCAAAGUUAAAUUUCUGUUCUCAUGAUGAAAUAUUGAUGUUGUUCCAUGUAUGUGCCUUGAGGUUGAACUUACAAUGUAAAGUCCUUGAAACCUUUAAAUGUUUUUGCACAAACUGUAAAUACUUAAGUGAAGCUUUUUGAAAAUAAAAGAGCCAUUGGAUUUGA